AAAAUAUUUUAUGCAUGCAGGUGAAUUGAUUCAACGAGCUGCCAACGAACCAGCCAAACAGUCAAGCGCUGGCAUUCAGUCAGCCAACCAAAUGGCAACCAACAACGUUGCACCCAAAGGAAAUUAGCUUGACAGGAAAUUCCACACAACAUUGCUGCGACGAGGCCGCGAAACCACCAAAGGCCACCCAACAUGCCGAACCAAACCAGCCAAGCACCACCAUAUGCCCAUUGCACCGCCCAAAACUCUGGCUGCCACAAUGCACGUUGACAUUUUCGCUCAUGCCGAUUUUCAUAUUACAUUUGGUUGAGCUUAAAUGACAAAUGUGGUUGGUAAGCCGACGUCUGGGGCCUGCCUCCCACCGCCCGUGGGGACCACCCCUAUGCAUCCUUGGUCUGCCUCUGGGCUGCUCCUACUGUGCAGAUCGUUGCCGGCUUCCACUAAAGUUGAGGCAUUUUCGGUUUGCGGUAUUAUUGCCAAAUGACAGCCCAACUGACUGACUGAAUGACUGCCUGAAUGACUCUAUAUUUGAGUUCCUGGGUGUGAGCCUGUGUGUGUGUGCGUGUGUGAUUGAGUGUAUGCGCCUCUGUCUGGUCGCGUUGGCUUUGUGAUUCUGAUGGAUUGUGUUGGUAGUGGCAGCAAUGCGGCGACAACGGCUCUCAUGUUGUUGACUGACUCGACUUUUUUGCUUAUAUGCAGAUAAAAAGAUAUGUAUACAACAGCAACAACAAUAUGGUAGAAAAAACAGUCGGAAACUCUUAAUAAUUGCUAAGAAAUAAAUUAGAAGAACGAAUAAGUCGAAACGUUUACACAUAAGUAAAAUCAAACCGAAAAUACAAAUUAGAAGAUCAUUUUAAGCAUCAAAGAGCAGUAUAUUUUACAGAAAAAAAAGUAUCUUUAUGUAUAAAACACUAUGCUGACUGGCCGAGUAAUUAAGGAUCAACAGCUCCUGAGGCUGAAUGGCUUUGUGCCUGCUUUGCUUAUUUAACUAUUCGAUGGAAUCUUUUAACAAUCAAGCAACUAUUUAUUAGAUCAACAAAUGCCAUAUGUCCAAACAAAACCUAUUGUGAGCACCUUAAGGGUGUCAUCGUCUAACUACAAAUAUAAACAAUAUUUAAAAUAACGAUUUGUUGCCUUAGAGUUGAUAGAGUAAUCACACAACAGAUAUAGUUCACAGUGGUAAAAAUCAUGUCAAAGAAGAGCACGUUUUCCAAAUACAUAUUCAAUUUACGAUCUUCCCGCUAAUGCAAAAAAUAUCCAUAUGCGACCCAGCACGUAUUGCCAUCAGAAAGUUCUGUCCGGCGGUUUCUCAACGCGAAAAGCACAUAUCCACACGGAUACCAGGACUACAUAGUCCACCGCAAUGUGCACCAGAAACAGACACUUUACCGUCACAACUAACUUAGAAAUGAUACGAUGAUACUGCGUCUCUUCCAUUCGGCUAUGCAGAUUAUUGUAGCGCAGCUUGAAAAACUGACUUCCCCAUGCAAUGCCCCCCACGUAGCAAUCUAAUGUCCUGAGUAUUCCACAUGGCGGCAAUUGAACAAAUGAAAGCCGGACAUGAUGUAUAUCUCGUUAGUUUCUUCGAGUUUUUGUUAUUUAUGUGCUAGUCAUUAAGAGACGAAUUAAUAAAAAUGACCUAGGCAAUUGGCUCUCAAUGUUCAAAGGUCAUAAUUAAUCGAGAGAGGAAGUGGCCCUGCAAGAAAUCAAUAUUGAGCGAAACAGUAGUAAAGCUGCUUCCGAAGUAUAGUAGUUUUCAUAUUCAUAUAUUGAAAUAUAUAUCUUAGUACCAAAGGUGUUUCGCAAACUGAUGAUCUUCAUAAAUUAAUUUAUAUUAUCAUAAGUGUAUGACUAAGUCAUCGUUUGAAUGUGAUUGGCUGAUUCUGCUUGUAAAGUUCCAACUUGUUCUCUCUUGACAACACUGAAAACGAAUCACACAAACAUUACCAAUAUAAAAUUACUAAAUUUGAUAUUCUGAAGAAAUGAUUAGUCAAUCAAGUGGCAUUAAAAAUAUGACGAUUUUAAAUACUAAUUUAAGCAUAUCUUAUCAAUAUUUAGUACAAAGGGUUAACCCCCCGUUUCCCUAAGAUUUAUAAGAGUCGCGCUUAUCAGCAAGUGAUUCCCUCGGACAACUAUCAGAAGCAUAUAUAAACACCAAACCCAUCCACAAUCAACAAAUCAGUCUUUGAUCAGUUACCAGACAGUUCAAGUAAUGUAUUCCCCAACGAAACUUAUUGCAUGUGCGCUGAUUUUUGCCCAGCUACUGGGCACCAUUUAUUGCGGAGUGUACGAUAAUACGGAUCGCUGGGUCGUUUCCGAUAAGACGCAGAACUUCCCCGAAAACGCAGUGCUAGGCGGCAUCGAUUCAUACGGCUAUGACAACUACGUGGGACGCAUCGUUUAUGCAAGUUCGAUUUUGCCAGCCCGUGUUAGGUCCGAAACUGGGUAUACUACCUACAACACCGACACACUCGCUAAUCAGGCGACCUACUACGAGUUGCUGGUCGCCAAUGAGACCGUCAGCUAUCACUGGGUGCGCAGCUACGAUGGCUUCAGGGAAAGGAAUGCUGUUUCUGUGGGCACAAGCGCCUUGAACGAACGUGUUUACGUGUGCCGCGCCAGAACUGAUGGCGGUAUUUUUAUUGGCACUCUGUAUCUUGCGCAAAAGGUGUGUUUCAUCCGGUAUGAGAAUUUCCCUAUGAGACAGAUCAGUAAAUACGAGGUACUGGUCCGACAAGUUACACCUACAGCGUGGGCACCAUUCGUCAAUCAAAUCAAUUGAUAAUAUUGCAGAGAUAAAUACAAACAUUUAUAAGUAAAAUGUUUUGAUAAUAAAUUGAGCUAAAUCAUAACACGAAA